GCCAGUGACCAUUUGCUUACAUUUUGAAACGCAUUGCUUAGCGGGAAAUCUGAAUAGGCUGUACUCUGUAUCAAUGGAGGCCGGGGCAGAGAAGAAAAGGGUGAUAUCCCCGAAAAGUAAGAAGAGAGGUCGGCGUAACAGAGAAAUACCUCGAAAAGAAGUUCCAUUAAGCGAUGAUAUAGAGGACAUCAGUUUCUCUAAAGAUGAAACCCUACAGAUUAGGGCUUCUCUAUUGGAAUGGUACGAUGAAAAUCAAAGAGACCUUCCUUGGAGAAGAAUCAGUAGUGGUUUCGAUGAGAGAGAUAAAAGGGGUUAUGCCGUCUGGGUUUCUGAAGUAAUGCUUCAGCAAACUAGGGUUUCAACUGUCAUUGAUUAUUUCAAACGCUGGAUGAACAAAUGGCCUACCCUUCAUCAUCUAGCUCAAGCUUCUCUUGAGGAGGUGAAUGAAAUGUGGGCUGGUUUGGGGUAUUAUAGACGAGUUCGCUUCUUAUUACAGGGUGCAAAAGAGGUGGUUGAAGAAGGAGGUAGUUUUCCAGAGACAGUUUCAGAACUUCGCAAGAUCAAAGGAAUUGGUGAAUACACUUCUGGUGCUAUUGCCUCAAUUGCCUUCAACAAGGCAGUGCCUGUUGUUGAUGGGAAUGUGGUCAGGGUUAUUUCUAGGCUGAAGGCCAUAUCAGCGAAUCCAAAAGACGCUGCGACAGUUAAGAGUUUUUGGAAACUUGCAGGACAAUUAGUUGAUCCUUGUAGGCCUGGAGAUUUCAACCAAGCUCUUAUGGAACUUGGAGCUACGUUGUGCUCUCUUUCGAAUCCAGGAUGUGCUGCGUGCCCCAUCUCUGCGCAAUGUCAUGCUUUAUCGCUCUCUAGGCAGAGCGAGUCAGUUCAUGUUUCAGAUUACCCAACAAAAGUUGUGAAGGCCAAACAAAGGCAUGAGUUUUCCGCUGUUAGUGUUGUAGAGAUACUGGAUUGCCAGGAAAUGACGGGACCUCAAUCCAGCAGCAAAUAUAUUCUUGUGAAAAGACCAGAUGAGGGUCUACUUGCCGGCCUCUGGGAGUUUCCAUCAAUUCUCUUGGAGAAGGAAGCAGACUUGGCCUCGAGAAGAAAAGCAAUUGAUAACUUUUUACAGUCAUCAUUCUAUCUAGAUCUUAAAGAGUCUACUAGAAUAGUUUCACGAGAAGAUAUUGGAGAAUGUGUCCACGUCUUCAGUCAUAUACGCCUCAAGAUGUACGUAGAGUUAUUGGUCUUACAUCCAAAAGGAAAUAGAAGCAUCGACUACAAAAAACUGGACAAAGAGAGUAUUACAUGGAAGUAUGUCGAUGGCAAAAACCUUGGUAGCAUGGGAUUAUCAUCUGGAGUAAGAAAGGUUUAUACCAUGGUACAGAAACACAAGCAAACUGAACAGGCUACCAUCCCGGAAAGGAGGAAGAAGACAGCAGUAAGAAGAUAGAGAUGGUACUGACUGAGUGGCUGUGCCAAGAAUACCUUAACUUGACCACUCAGGAAUGUUCAAGGUUCCCUUAGUAACUGGAAAUUUAUGCAUGAAGACAUUAUUGUGCAGCUGCUUGACAAUUGGUGUAUAACAGAACAUACAGAUGCUAAAUUAUUGUAUCUUACUGACAUGUGUUUCCAAGCUUGGUCUGUUUUAUUAAGUGGAUAUGUAUCCAGUGCCAGCAGCAGUUUCAGGGAUCUAAUGGUUGUAAAAUAUUCUGUAUACAGGCAUAGUGUUUUGGAGCUUAACCUCUUUUGUUCCUUUUCCCCAUUUUGGUUGGUUUUCUGCUUUCAGAUGUAAGGAAUGAUAACCAGAAAUUGGUUUUUGAUUAACCAAGUUACAACUUUUUCAA